GGCAUAUAUAAGUAGAAAAGUCACCAGAUUCUCUCACGUAGAUCUCACCAUAUUUAUCGCACGGUAGCAUCCCUCAGGACGGCGAGAACGUCAAAUCACGCAGAAUAUCCACCCCCUCUCUUCCCAGACAACUCACGCACCAAAAGCGCCUCUCAUUUUGGGGAGCUUAACAUCCACUGUCGACCCACCCGCGGCCAAUCUGGAUAAGGCAGUGUGGGUAGUGUGUGGGACGCUGGCCCUUAUAACGUCGACUGACCCUUCAAUCCUGCGCUCGAAGAGAAGGCAAUCUCGAAACAGAAAUAAAACGAGACCAUUCGGACGGAAAAAUCCUUUGCUUAUUCUCACACUCCCGUUUGAUUUCUCUCACUUCCCAAUCAUUCGAGUUCCCCCUCCAACCCAAUUAUCGCACAACCAACACUUUUUCUUUUCAUAACUGAUCUCGCCACCCGUUGAGAACGCUAUGUCGAAAACAAAGGUUUUGCUCGUCGGAGCAGCAGGUGAAACUGGUGGUUCGAUUGCAAAUGGACUUUUGGAAAAUCCGAUCUUUGAGCUCUACGCCCUCGUCCGCCCCCGGUCGGUACAGAAGCCCGCCAUCGUUUCCCUCCAAGAGCGCGGCAUGCAAAUCCGCAGAUGCGAUUUGAAAGGCCCCGAAGAAUCUCUUACCGAAGCACUCGAGGGAAUCGAUGUUGUCAUCAGCUGUGUUGGUCCUGCCGAGCAGCAGGAUCAAAUUCCUCUUGCCAAAGCUGCGAAGAGGGCCGGAGUUAGUCGAUUCGUUCCAUGUGGCUUCAUCACCGUGGCACCCCCCGGUGGUAUCAUGUGGCUGAGGGACGAAAAAGAAACGGUUUACAACCAUGUUAAACAACUGCGCCUUCCCUACACCAUCAUCGAUGUCGGCUGGUGGUACCAACUCUCGUAUCCCCGCCUGGAGUCCGGACGGGCCGACUAUGCUAUGACUUCCGCCAAUAACGAAAUUGUCGGCGAUGGCAACACUCCUAUGGGCUUGACCGAUUUAAGAGACAUUGGACGCUAUGUUGCCAGAAUCAUCAAUGACGAGCGGACAUUGAACAAGAUGGUCUAUGCAUACAACACCGUUAAGACACAGAAUGAGAUCUACGACCUGCUGGAAGAGAUCAGCGAAGAGAAGAUCCAAAGGAAUUACAUUCCGGAGGAAAGCGUCUACACUCGUGUGCUCGCUGCCAGACAGUCUAGUGAGACUUAUCCCUUCGAUCCCGUCAAAUUCAUCCCUCGCUAUUUGGCUGAGUAUCAGUUGUCUUGGGGCAUUCGGGGCGAUAACACCCCGGAAAACGCAAGGUACCUCGGAUAUCUGGUCGCCAAGGACCUCUACCCGGACUUCAGGCCAGUGGAUUUCAAGGAAUAUCUUGAGACCGUCGUUCGGGGCACAGCGAAGGGUGUAUACACCGACCGUAUGGUUUCGAAGGUUCACCAGCGGGCAUUCCCUCGCACAGAGUCGACCGAUUCGUUGUACACUCGGAUAUUCCCAAGAACUGAGUCCAGCGACUCGCUAUACAUGCGGUAGACGCCUCUAUGAUCAGUUUGACCUUAGGCAACGGAUGUUUAUUUUCCUCACUUUUUGCGAUAUGGGUUUAGACUGGCGUUUAUGUUUGUUUACGUUAGGGGAAAGCAGACGAUGGGACAGGCUCUUAGAUCACCACUCCGCCUUGUAUAAGGGUUCAUGAGAAUGGUAAAACAGAUGGUAUAUUUCUCUGUUCUCCAUGUCAUAGUUUUCAUUUGCAGAUUUUAUACCCAUGCAAAUCUCAUUGCACGUUUUUCUUUCGAUCCAUUCUACCAGUCAACCAAUCAAUCGAAAUUCUAUUAACCUGCUAGAGUCUAACUACGGAGUGCUUAGGUGU